AUGCAUAAUUUAGUUCAGGAUUUACGGAUAAUAAAGAGUUUUGGUGCAGAGUGUCGAUUGGGAAGAGCUCCAAGAGUUAUUGAGGUUGUUUGGCAUCCUCCAGUCAUUAGGUGGGUGAAGAUUAAUUCGGAUGGAGCUUGGAAGCAUGCAGAGGGUGUUGGAGGUUUUGGUGCUGUUUUUCGUGACUUUAAAGGUCAUGUUCUUGGUGCUUUUUCUUCCAACAUUGACAUUCCUAGUUCAGUAGCAGCAGAGGUGAUGGCAAUUAUAGUUGCUAUUGAACUUGCUUGGGUACGAGACUGGAAGCACAUUUGGUUAGAGGUUGACUCGUCACUUGUGUUAGACUAUCUACGGCCGGUCUCCUUUGCUUGUACCUUGGCAUCUACGUGUCCGUUGGCUUAA